GAGGAACAAGAGUACUAAGGGGAGGGAGUGGGUCUGUCUGGAGAGUGGCUCAGGAAGGAGAAGGAUGUACAAAGGGAGGCAGCAGCAGCAGCAGCAGCAGCAGCAGCAGCAGGAGAAGGAGGAGGUGUCAAAAUUCCACAGUUCAGUCUAACAUGGUUGUAAGGAUCUGUACCUUCUGGCAAAUAAUGUGAUGUCCACUAGAAAUAAUCUUGUGUACCAAAGUCUUGGACAGAUUCCAGUAAAGUGAUGGAAGAAUACAACCACAUGCAAAGCCAGGUAGAAAUACCAAAUACUAGUUUGGGAAAGGAGAUGAUGAUGAAUUCUCUUGAAAACGAUCUUCAGGACAUAAUGGAAAGGCUCAACCAGAAAAAAUAUUCGUCCAGUCUGAAAUUAAAAACAAAUGCUGACUACUCUGGUUCUUACUUAACCCUCUCACAACCUCUCUCACCACCAAAGUCUAGCCCUGCAUCCAGUGUUAAAAGCAUGCCGUCUAUUAACAGAAUUCAAGGAAGCAAACCAUUGGCCUGUGAGAGCUCUUAUCUUUCAGACAAGAAUGUUUCUGCAAAGCACAUGAGCUCUUUUUCAGGCACAUCUCCAUCCUUAAGUGAGCACAGCCUCAGAAAGAGAGACUUUGAUAUUUAUGCUACCAGAGAAAAUGAGAAACAGUUUGGACAUCUGGAUAAAUUUCCCUAUUCAAAGUAUAGUCAGAAAAAUAAAUCUCAUGAUAAUGUCUACUUCCCAGGAAUGGUGGAUGGGCGGAAGAACUCUGGAUCUCUUCUUGCAAUGUGGAAUGGAAGCUCAGGGAAUGAGGUCAUUCUUUUACCACUUGGUGGCUCUGGAGCUGCCAGUAUGCCCUCCAGUCCAAAGCAAGGUAGGAGGAUGAAUAUUCAGGAUUUUCUGUCACUUCAGUCCAGGGUAGUUAAACAGAAAGAUCCAACCAUGGAAACUCUGGGGUCUAGAACCAGGAAGUACUCUGGUGGUUCACUGAGCCAUAUGGGAGUUUAUAGUCGGUCAUUACCCAGGCUUUACAAAUCUACUGAAAGCCAGCUCAUGCCUCUGAGUUUACCCCCAAGAAACUCCCUUGGGAAUUCCAAAAGAAAAAAGACUAUGGAAAAAGACCUUCUACCUCAAAGCAUGCUGGAUGCUGACAAUUACCUUAAUUUUUCUUCUCAUACCUCAGGAGUUUCUCCAUAUACAAACUUUGCAUCAGAAAGCAAUUCCUACGUAAACUCCACUCUCAGUGUUCCUGCAAGCCCUCGUAUAGCUAGGAAGAUGCUUCUGGCGUCUUCUUCCUCAUACACAUCUGAUGACUUUGAUAGAAUUGGACUCUCAGGGACCAGCCCAAAUAAUUCUUUUAUUCCUGUGGAUUCUGAGAGGGUAUUCCCUUUCCAAAGGAAAAUUUCUAGCAGUUCCAUGGAGUUUGAUGAAACAGAGCUGGACAGCUUCAGGCAGACUCCUGUCCGGGAGAGAAAGAAUAGCAUUAGUUCAGUAUCUGGAAGGGAUGACCUAAUGGACUACCACAGGAGGCAGAGAGAAGAAAGACUUAAAGAGCAGGAGAUGGAGCGACUGGAGCGCCAGCGGCUGGAAACAAUCCUCAACCUGUGCGCAGAAUAUUCCAAACCUGACAGUGAUCCUGCCACUGUCACAACUGUAGCUGAUGUAGAAAAAAUUAAUAAAGAACUUGAAAAGCUUCAGCUGUCUGAUGAAGAUUCUGUAUUUGAAGAUUGUCAGAUGACUCCAGAAACAAAACUGAGAAGGCACUUGCAGCCACCUACUGGAGAUUCUGAUUUCUCUGAAUUCAGUGAUCUUGGCCAAAAUGCUGUGGGGCUCUUUCCUUCUGGAGGAGUCAGAACAAAUAAGCAUAUGUGUGACAACCGGACAAUUUCACCGUUACCUGCUUCUGCCUUUAUGAAGGGUGUCAAUGAAUCUUCUUAUCUAAGCAUCAUGUCAACGACACCAGAAUGCACAAGUGAUGAGCAAAGAGCACUGCAGCUUAAUCAGAUGGAAGAACAGCGCAUUGUAAUACUGAAUAACCUGGAAGAACUUGAACAAAAGAUCAAAGAUUUAAACGAUCAGAUGGAUGAGUCGUCCAGAGAGAUGGACAUGGAAUGUGCCCUGUUGGAUGGAGAGCAGAAAUCUGAAACAGCUGAACUUCUCAAGGAGAAGGAAAUACUAGAUCAUUUAAACAGGAAGAUAGCAGAGCUGGAGCGAAAUGUUAUUGGCGAAAAGACUAAGGAAAAAAUAAAGCUUGAUGCUGAGAGGGAAAAACUAGAAAAGCUUCAGGAGCUUUACUCCGAGCAGAAGACCCAGCUUGAUAAUUGCCCUGAGUCCAUGAGGGAACAAUUACAACAACAGCUAAACAGGGAUGCAGACCUGUUGGAGAUAGAAAGCAAACAUUUUGAAGAUCUGGAAUUUCAGCAGCUAGAAAAUGAGAGUAGGCUUGAAGAAGAAAAAGAGAACUUAACCCAGCAACUUCUGCGUGAAGUGGCUGAAUAUCAGCGCAACAUUGUCAGUAGAAAGGAGAAAAUUUCUGCUCUCAAAAAACAAGCCAAUAAUAUUGUCCAGCAAGCACAGAGAGAGCAAGAUCAUUUUGUCAAAGAGAAGAAUAACCUGCUUAUGAUGUUACAAAGGGAGAAGGAAAACCUUUGCAAUCUAGAAAAGAAAUACUCUUCACUAUCAGGAGGAAAGGGAUUUCCUGUAAGUCCCAGCAGUCUAAAAGAGGAUUAUAUGAGUGUAAAUGACAUUAGCGAGCCGUAUGGCAAUUCCACGAACAUAACCCCUUCCACUCAGCCCCCCACUGCUGCUGAAGCUGUUCCCACUGAACCUUCCACAGCUGGCCUGAUGAGCCAGCCACAAAAUAAAGAGCUAAGAUCAUCUCUCUGUUCUGGAUUUGUGUUUCCUCACUCCUUUUCUCCUCGCCCUCUUGCACAACUUCCACCAGCCCACUGGCCUGAGGUCAGGGCUGCAAAUGUUGAGCCUUUUCCUUUACCUGACACACCACCUCCUCUUCCAGCUAAGAAACACCGAAGGCAAUCACAGCGCUUCCGAAAUCUGGAAGAGAGGAAGAAGCAGCACAAAGAAGGCCCAUAUAUGAGUGAUACUUUGCCACGCAAGAAAACAACUCCUUCUGUAUCGCCACAUUUCAAUAGUUCAACUCUUGGACGAAGUGUCAAGGGUCAUCUCCCACUUGGACAAAGCAAUAGCUGUGGCAGUGUACUGCCUCACUGCUUGGGAACUAUGGCCAAAGAGUCUGAAUCAAGAAGAACACAUAAAGGAACAAUUAAUCAUUCCAAAAGUCCAAGUAAUAAAGGUUAUAACCACCAACAUAUAUGUGAAGAUCAAAGCCAGAAAUCUCCUGAAUUCUACAGCAGAACUGCCUCUGAAUCAAAUGUAUAUCUGAACACGUUCCACUAUCCUGAUCAUAGUUUCAAGGACCAUGCCUUUGACACUCUAAGUUUAGAUAGUUCUGACAGCAUGGAAACCAGCAUAUCUGCCUGUUCUCCAGAUAAUAUUUCCAGUGCUAGUACAUCAAAUGUUGCAAGAUUAGAAGAGAUGGAAAGACUUUUGAAACAAGCUCAUGCUGAAAAGACACGACUGCUUGAAUCCAGGGAACGAGAAAUGGAAGCUAAAAAAAGAGCAUUAGAAGAGGAAAAGCGUCGUAGAGAGCAACUCGAGAAAAGAUUGCAAGAAGAAACUAGCCACCGACAAAAACUAAUUGAAAAAGAGGUUAAGAUUCGUGAAAAACAAAGAAAUCAGUCUCGACCCCUGACUCGUUAUUUGCCAGUGAGAAAGGAGGAUUUUGAUCUCCGUGGCCACAUAGAGACUGCUGGCCACAACAUAGAGACCUGUUACCAUGUUUCCCUCACUGAGAAGACCUGCCGAGGCUUUCUUAUUAAGAUGGGAGGCAAAAUUAAAACAUGGAAAAAACGAUGGUUUGUGUUUGACAGAAACAAGAGAACAUUUUCUUAUUAUGCAGACAAACAUGAAACUAAAUUAAAAGGAGUAAUUUAUUUCCAAGCCAUUGAAGAAGUCUAUUAUGAUCAUCUAAAGAAUGCGUAUAAGAGUCCUAAUCCAGUGCUUACUUUCAGCGUUAAGACUCAUGACAGAAUAUAUUACAUGGUGGCCCCAUCACCAGAAGCUAUGCGGAUAUGGAUGGAUGUCAUAGUUACAGGAGCAGAAGGCUACACCCACUUCAUGUUAUAGAAAAUGGUGCAAAAGGUCGUUGGCAGGGCAUAAUGCAAUAAUAACCUCAUAUUUGGGGAUGCAAGCCAUAUUCAGUCACAUUUGACAAGCAACAUAAAAUAAGAAGAAUGCACAGAUCACCUACCUUUAUGCUCCAAAAUGAAAUACAUGCUGUGUAAGGCAGACUUAAUUCUUAGAUUUGUUAAUCACGGUCAUAGCAGAAGAAAAGAAAAGCUGCUUAAAAGAUUGUGGUGCUCCAAAAUGGAUAAUCAGAUCGCAUCAGCCUGUCACUACAGAUUCGAUGGCAUUUUCCUACAGACUUUAUCAUACAGAACUUUCUGAAUUAAAAAAAAAAAACUUCUUUGUUUAAAAGUGUUGAUAUAUUCAGUAUUUCAAAAUUAAGAAAGAAAAGGGAAGUUAUGAUGGUUAUUUUUAAUGUAUGGGAUUUCUGUACAAUUUUAUACCUAUUUUAUAACACAUUUUAAACUACAGUGUGCAGUGUUUUUGUCUUAAUUUACUAGAGAACCAAAGAUUCAUGCUGUUAUGAUGAUAUUUAGCUUCUUAUCCAAUGAAGGUUUUUUAAUCCUUCAUAAAUAGUAAUGAGGUAUGAAAGCAUUAUUACCAUUAUCUUUUAAUUUUGAAAAUGCUGGACAGAAGCUAUGAGUGUACUUCAGUUGUUAACAUGGAAGUAUUUUCAGAACAUUGGGGGAUUUCCCCAGGAGAAGACUUUUUCAAAGGACAAUAGCAAAUGAAAAUUCCUAUGUCCACAGCUUAUUUUCUAAUUAUCUCUUUCUAUUAGUUAAUAUUUUCAAAUGUUAAAACUUUCUGCUUUAUGCACAGAAUUAUUCCUUCUUCACUUCUAGCAGAUAACUAAAGUAUCUGGAUCCCAUCUAAGAGAUACAUGAUAGGGCAACAAAUGGGAGAAGACAAUAUUGUGAAGCCCCACUGAAAGUGUGCACAAACUCAGUCCUUCCACAUAAUGAUCAAUGGUCAAGAGUUGAUUCAGAAACUAGACAUUAAGAAAAUGUCCUUAGGGUCAGAUGAGACUCACCAUCAAGGAAAGUUCUUAGCUCUUUCCUGAAUUACACAUACAUUGGUGAUGAAGGGCUCGGAUCUUUUCUUUCUUAUCUUCCUCUCCCCAUCCCCUUACACUGAACAUGGAGCAUUAUAAAUAAAGCAGCAGCAACAGCUAACUCAGUUGCAUGCUCUUAACAGAGUUGUGUUUCUCAUUCCACCUUCAAGAGUGCCAUCACAGCAGUUUUCGUGUUCCCAAAUCAGAUGAAUUGAUACCUUGCAUUGCUCUGAACAAGAAUGCUAUUUCUCAAAUGUAUUUAUAAAAGCUUUCUUCUGUAAUAAAUAUUCCAAUAAUAUAAACAUAGAGUCAUCUAUGUUUCAUGUAAGCCAACUAAAGUACAGUGGAGCCUUGGUGUCUGGUGAGGUUCCAAGACUCUGUGGAUAAUAAAAUCUGGGGAUGCUCAAGUCCUAUUAAAUACAGUGGCAUAGUAAAAUGGUGUCCCUUAUACAAAAUGGAAAAGUCAAGGUUUGCUUUUGGGAAU